AUGUCUAGAAAUCCGCCUCCUCCUUCAUCUCGGUACAAGAUCUCUUCGCCUCAGCCUUACAUCUCGAAUGAUCUCCGGACCGCGUAUACAACGGAUAAGGGACCAUACCCUUCAUUUCCUCCAGCUCAGACGUCCCAAAUUCAACCUCAACCUUACACUCAACAGCCAUUCUCACCCAUUGAACAAUAUGGAAACGCACCGCAAUCGCAAAGACAGAAUGGCGGUCCAUCAAGACCUGCUCCUCCGAGUGGUAGUAGCGUUGGUGGUCCUCCUGCGAGUCCAGCUAGACCCGCUAGAUCGAGGAUGAGAGAAGCACCUCAACCUCCUUCAAUGCCAAAUUCUUCCUAUCCACCAACGUCCGCUCCGGCUCCCCCUCCAACACCAUCUAGAAGGCAAGAUCUCAGACCGAUCCAAACUGGAAAUAUUGAUUCUCGUCAACUGCCAAUAACAUCUCAUGCAGGUAUUUCUCCCAUUUCCCCCAUUUCACCUAACGUCGUCCCGCAACCGCUACAAGGCAACGGAUUAUUCUCAGAUCCAUUUGCAGCUGAUCGAUCACAACGUUCCGAACUCCGUGCUCAGACUUCAGCAGCUGCUCAACAGGCAUCACAGCCAUUUCAAUCGGGCCCAGCUUCUGACAAACUUCGAAAUGUUGUCGGUGCUUUUAUGAACGCAAGCAAACAGCGUGAAGAACCUGCAGCACCUGUGAGGAGACCAGGGCGGAGUGAAGCAAGAGGAAAAGCCAAGAAGAAAAGUGAAGAAGUUUGGGAAGUUGGCGCAGCUGGAGAUGGGGGAAAGUUUAGUGACAUCGAUGAGGUUUUACAGAAAAUUAGAAAAGAUUGGCCGUUCGUCAUGGAAUCUGAUUUUACACCGUCGACAUUGGCUUUAUCAUUACUAUCCCAAGAACCCAAGUCUUCAUUGACUUCACACCCCCCUCUUGCUUCCUUUCUAAGAUUGCACGAAUGUCUAUCUUCCUCGUUACAGGCUGCUGUUCAAGCUCAUUUCCAAUCCUUCGCGGCAUCAUUACCCCAACAUGCAACUUUCAUAGCUACCUUAAGCAAAGCUCAAGAGCAAGUCAAGAAAUCAAAAGAAGCGUUGAAAGAAGCAAGGGAUGGUUUUGCGGGAAAGGGAAAAUCAGAACUUUCAGGUAUCAGAGCCAGAGAGCGAAUGGUACGGGAUAUGCUUGGGAUUUUGGAUACAAUUGACCACCUCAAGCAAAUUCCUGAUCAACUUGAAUCUCUUAUUGGCGACAAGCGAUUUCUGCAGGCGGCUUUGAUCCUCGUCAGAUCCCUGAAAACCAUCAACAAGCCUGAAUUAGCAGAAAUUGGUGCUCUGUCGGAUUUGAGAGCCUAUUUUGUCUCUCAGGAAACAACUCUGACCGAUAUCUUGGUGGAAGAACUGCAUAACCACAUUUACCUCAAAACGUUCUACAGUGAUUCAAGGUGGAGAUCCUACGUACCUGGACAACAGACAUUGCCAAUCAUCGAGCCGCAAAACGAUGAUUUACCACCACUACCGCCCACAUCAGAUCUGACUCUUCUCACCUCUCCUGCGCUACAUACGAUGAAUGGCGAUUCCGCUCCUCUCGCUGGCCCAGGUCCAUCAUCCCGGUUCUCAAGAUACUUAAACCAUCUUGCUGCGAAGCCGAGUCAUGAUCCGUUACUUGAUUACAUCGAUUCGGACCUCAACUCUGCCCCUGAUGUUCCGGCGAUAUCUCAUCAAAGGCUAGGCUCGAGCAGUAUCGGACAAGCGGGCUCUCAUGGCUCUCUAUCUUCCCUCCUAGGAGUUCCUCAUGGAAAUAGUGAUUCAAGCAAUCCCGAAGCUGAAUCGUACGCCUAUAUCGAAACAUUACUUGAAGCUUUAGCUGCCAUGGGAAGAUUAGGUGCAGCCUUAGAUAUGGUUGCCCAACGGGUUCCGGGAGAGGUACACACAUUGGUAGAAAAUACCUUGGACGAGGUGGAAGAGAGAUCCGAAGCUCGACGAGAAGAAGUCGGUUCGUCACUGCGACCGACAUCUUUCCUUGGACCUUCACCUGAAUCUCUAUCCUCCUCACGGCCUGACUCAAGUCUGAAGCGACGAUCCUUGUUUGCACCUGGAGAAUCGCAUAAGAUCGAAGUGUCUCUAGGAGCCACUGGUCCACCGCAACAUGCCGCCGUGCUGCGCGAUUUAUUCUGGACCCUCUACUCGAAAUUGGCAGCCGUCUUGGAAGCACACAGAGUCAUAUAUGAAGUCUCAAGGUGGAUCUCAUCGAGGAGAGAUUUCAAGGAUUCUUCAGUCUCCAACUCUUCUUCGUCCCUCAGUAUACCUGUUUUAGAGAUUUGGAAACCUGUACAACAAGAGGUGCGAGCGCUAUUGCGGACAUAUUUGACAGAUGAAAGCCAAGGAUCUACUCUGGACAGACAUCCUAUACCUACUGUCAAUGAAGUACUGAGGGAUGGCAAAAUAGCUAGGGAUAAACAAAAGCAAAUGUUCAAAUUCGCCGAUACCGAUUCUCGAGCUGUUCAAAAUGAAAUUAAACCUAUUGACGAUUCUCUGCAACAAGUUUUAAGGGCUUCUGUACCUGGAUUAGUAUCGAUGCAAGUUGCUGGAGAAAGUACCUUGACUGUAUUGACAGAAGCGGAUGAUAGAUAUUCUGCUGCUGGAAAACAUAGGACUCUUAUCCCACCAAACGCUUUCAAUGUGACGACUCUGUUCCAACCUACCUUGUCGUUGAUUCAACGUGCAACCUCUAUUAUCCCACCUGGAUUCGAAGAUGCCACUGGAGCCUUCUCGACUGUUUUGGAAGAUUUCGUAGUAAAGGUUUUCUUACCUCAACUAGACGAAAAGGUCACAGCCUCUUUCCAACAAGCUGUCUCAGGCUAUGAUGCUUAUCAAGUCGAUAGAACAUUAGGUCAAGAAUUGGCCAUACCACCAUUGAAGUCAAGCGUUCGAGUUAUGGCUCUUAUUCAUAGUCUAUGUGUCAUGCUUCAGACCACUCCUUUCCAUCGAGAGAACUACAGUCGAUUGAUCGUCGGAGUAAUCGUGCAGUAUUAUCAACAGUGUAGCUCCAGGUUUAAAGAACUCGCUUCAUUGCCGGCCACUCUUGAGAAUCCUUCCGCUCCUCUGGCUAUACCAGCUGUGUGGGCACAACGAGAGGAUAUAAUCUCAAUCCUGACUGAAUUACGCGGAGUCCCUGAAACUGAUCGAGCAGGACUAACAAGUGUAGAGCAGAAGGAAAUCAAGCUUGAAAUGGAACUACUGGGCGAACAAGCUUUGGUGGAAAGGAAUUUGAUCAAUUCCAUGCGAAAACUAGAGGCUUUGGGUAAUCUAUCGCAGAGCUUGCGAUGGUUCAUCGAUUCUUUACUGGAUCUUCAGAGUGUAGCAGAAGAACCACUCUCACCGGAUGAUGAUCCUUCUGUUGGUCAAGAUUCAUUCCCGGGCCCAGCAGCCGUUUCUUCACAAUUACUUGACGGUGAUUCGCCCAGAUUACCGCUUACACGAGCGAUGGCACAACGGUACGAAGCUAUCAUUCAAACUUAUGAACAACUGGCAGAAAUGGUAUUGAAUACAAUAAGAUUAGAAAUCAGAUGCAGGGUGAUAUGUAACCUUGGUGCAUCACUCAGGAAAGGCGACUUCAGACUUGAGAGUGAAGCACUAGAACCUGAUCCGGAUAUCCUGGAUCUUAAUUCAUCCUUGAUGGAUAUCGAAGAGAUUGCAGAACGAACCAUAUUAGGUGACGAUCAUAGCUUCGUAUUCAGAGGUUUAGGUCAAUUAGUGGAUCAAGUUUUUAUCACAUCUUCCAAGUUCAUCAAAAUGGUCAAUCCUGCAGGAGUGAGGAAAAUCAAGAGGGAUAUAUUGGCUUUACAGCAGACUUUGAGGGGUAUAGCUCCAGCUGCUAAAGAAGGUCAAUUGAAUAAAGCCAUUGAAUACUGGGAGUUAUAUCACAAAGGACCAAAGGAAAUGCUGGAAGAACUCAGAACGUCCAAACCCAUCUUCUCGUUUGAAGAUUACAAUACCAUGCUCAAUCUACAGUGCAAAGCAGAUCAAGAUGAUGGCCCUUCUUCGGAACUGAAUACGUAUCUCAUCGAUUUACACGCUCUUUCAAUGAGUAUCGAAGGCUGGGAGAUAGGAGAGUCAUGA